AUUACUUACAUGAUGUUUGAUGAAAAAAGUGAAAAUGGAUUAAUAGUUGGUGGUAAAUAUCUGCCAGAGGAAUUAUUAGCAGAAAUUUUCUGCUAUGUCGAUUGUGAUUCCUUGUUACGUUGUCAAAUAGUCUGUAAACUUUGGAAAGUUUUAAUUCAAACUUAUGUUUGGCGUAAAAAGGUAGAAAUUUUAUUUGGUCGAUCACUUCUUUUGAAUAAAGAAGUGCCUUGGUAUGUGCAUUAUGUAAUAUGUAAAAAAAAGCCUUUUGAAAGAAAUUUAAUACAAAAUCACUCUGGAGAAUAUGGAACCCAAAAAUACUGGAAGAUUAUUAGUGAAGGCGGUGAUCGUUGGAAAGUUGAAAAUCCUCCUACAAAUGUUGUACCUUUACCAAAUAAUGAGCCUGUUUUUGAAGGAAAACAGUUCUGUUUUGUUACUUCCUAUCGUAGUUGCACCAAAAUACAAAUCAUUGAUUUAGAAGUUGAAGGAUUGACAUCAUAUGUUUUAGAUAAUUUACAACCUCCAAUAGUGGUAAGUGAGUGGUAUAGUUGUCGUUCAGAUUGCCCAGCUAUUUAUGAAUGUGACAUCAAAUUAUUAGGAGAAGGUAACAGAAUCAUAGAUUUUUUCCAUUUUCAUGAUAGUAUUAUAGGAGAACAACAAAACCAAUGGCAUCGGAUAUCACAUGAAUUUAAGAACUAUGGACAUGGAUUACGAAAAAUUCAUUUUUCGCAUAGUGGUACUGAUAAAUUAUUUUGGGCAGGGCACUAUGGUAGCAAAAUGGCAGGUGCUUGUGUACAUGUAAAAAUUCCCAUUGCACAACCUCGUAGUGAUGAAGAAAUGAAUAUAUCACAUGAUAUAGACUAAUCAGAUAUUCAUGAUGUUAAAUAUACAAU